AUGGAGGAAGUUGUGAUGGAAUCCGCUGAUUUUUCUGGCUGUCAAGCUGAGCUCGAGGUAGCAGAAGCUUGGGAAACUGUCACAGCAGCUCUGAUGUUUCCGGGCUGCGGGCCUGAAGAUGGGAAGCUGUCGAUGUGCCUGCAGGUGUUGUGCGCUCAGGGUGCCGCAGAGCUCCUGGCCAGUUGGCUGCUGGAGACACUGCAGAUGCGCUUAUCGUCUACCGUGGUUCCCGAGUUUUGGUGCAGACUCAAGCAGGUGGAGAAGGAAGAGGAGGAGAAGGGUCGCAUCCGGAUUCUCCUCACUGCUUUCCAGGCUCUGCUGGAAAGCCUGCGGCCUUUUCUAGUGGCUUUGGAGCGGCUGGGGGCAUGGCAGGACAAGGGCCUGGAAGGUCUGGGCGGGCCCGGGACGCCUGGCCUCCGGCAGCGCGCCUUCACCAUCAUAAGGGGCCUCCUCCUCUUUCCGCCCUCGCGGCUUCUCCAAGAACGAGUGCUGGACUUCUACAGCAGGACCUUCUCUAUCUACAUCAAGCACCAGGGCCGCGUUCAGGGCCCUGAUGGGGGCGUCUGCGGUGGCUGCGGGGUCCCUGCCGAAGAGUGUUGGUGUCAGGAGGCUCUCCGGCACGUGCUGGAACUCAGCCGCGUUCUCUCCACGUUGGAGCUUCAGGAGUGGGUGAGCUGCGACGCCGUCACGGCCAUCCUUCACAAACUCAUCGAGCAGUGGCUUGAGCAACACUGCCGGGGAGAGUUCGAGAGAUCCUUCCUGGACGAGUUUCAGGAGUGGUUGGAGCUGGUGGUAGGCUGGCUGGGUCAGGUGUUUUCCGGCCAGGAGGCCGGCGACGGCACAGCUGGCUCGGUGCUGAAGCAAUGGCGCUGUCACAUGCAUCAGUUCUUCUGCAGGAUCUACGUCAACAUGCGCAUCGAAGAGUUGUUCAGUAUCAUCAGAGACUUCCCGGAAUCUAAAGCGGCAAUCCAAGAUCUCAAGUUCUGCUUGGAAAGAACUAACCAACGCCAGCAGCUCCUCACUUCACUCAAGUCCACUUUUGAGAAUCGCCUGCUGCACCCUGGUGUCCACACGUCGGACAUCCUUACCGUUUACAUCUCGGCCAUCAAGACCCUCCGAGAGUUGGACCCGUCCAUGGUGGUUUUGCAGGUUGCCUGCCAGCCCAUCAGGAAGUACCUCAGGACUCGCGAUGACACGGUGCGCCAGAUCGUGGACGGCCUGACGGGCGACGCGGUGACCGGCUGCGCCGAACUGGCUUCGGAGCUUUCCCGAGGCGACCCGGUCACCCUGGAGAUGCAGGACAGCGAUGAGGAAGGUGGCGACCCCGAGGGCUGGGCCCCGGACCCCACCGACGCUGUGGCUGAUAAGUCGGGCUCUAAGCGGCGCUCUUCGGACAUCAUCAGCUUGCUGGUGAGCAUCUAUGGCAGCAAGGACAUCUUCAUCAACGAGUAUCGCACCGUGCUGGCUGACAGGCUGCUUCAAAUGCCCAACUACCACACCGCCAGGGAAAUUCGGAACGUGGAGCUGCUGAAACUUCGCUUCGGCGAGUCCCACAUGCACUAUUGUGAGGUCAUGCUCAAGGACAUGGAUGACUCGCGCCGUAUCAACGGCAACAUUUGCGAGGAGGAGGAGGAGGCGGAGUCACAGGAAGAAGGGGCGGAGUCCGCGCCUGCCCCUUGGCUGUCGGCCAUCAUCUUUUCGUCAGAGUUUUGGCCGAAGCUCAAGGAGGAGAAGAUGGAGAUGCCACCGCUGGUGCAACACGCCACUGAAGCUUACACACGCCGAUAUGAGAAGCUCAAGGCCAUGAGGACGCUGAGCUGGAAGCCUCAACUGGGCUCGGUCACGCUGGACGUGGAACUGGAAGACCGCACCGUUAGCAAUGUUAAUGCGUCACCCCUGCAAGCCGCCAUCAUCCUCCUCUUCCAAGACAAAAGCAACUGGAGUGCGGAGGAGCUGAGCGCCGAGCUGGGCGUGGCCACGGAAGCGGUGAACCGGAAGUUGGCGCUAUGGCAGCAGUUGGGAGUCCUGCGCGAGGAGGGCGGCGGCCGCUACGCCGUGCAGGAGAGGGCCGCCGCCUGCAAGGACAAGACGGAGCGCGGCGGUGGUGGCGCCAUGGUAGUGGUAGACAGCGACGACGAGCGAGACUCUAACAUCGCCAUGCAGACACAGCAAAGGGAGGAGAAGAUGCAGCUGUUCUGGGCGUACGUGCAGGCCAUGCUGACCAACUUGGAAUGCAUGACGUUGGAGCGCAUCCACUCUUUGCUGCGGUUGUUUGUGGCCACGGGGCCCGUCGUCACAGAGAUGGACGUGAGCGAGCUGGAGGCCUUCCUCCAGCGGAAGGUGGCCGAGCACCAGCUUCUCAUGUCCUCUGGAGUCUACCGGCUGCCCAAGAAUGCCUGA